AUGGUUUAUCGUUCAGUUAACGUCGAGUGGUCCGUCAGUGAUGUACUGUAGCUAGGUGAACGAUCCGUGCGCGUGUCGUAUCCCAUCUCAGACGGAGACCCAGUGUGCCUACGAAGUGUGAACACACGCUUUGGGGUUUAGUUUUUCGUUGUUUCUGCUCCGGUUUUGUUUGUUUCGAAGUAAGCCCUUUAGCUAAAUGGAGAUCAAGAAAUAAGUGCAGCGCACGACAGUAAACCAGCCCGCCAGAAGAAACGAACGAUCCGAUCCGUGCAAGACAGCAAGACCCCUGCCCUCGGUUGUUGUUCUGUGAGCGCGUGUGUCCCCUUGUUUGUGUGUAUCCUUUGGCGGGUUGUGUGUGAUCGUGCGUGUGCUUAAGUGAGUGUGUGUGUGUGGGUUUGUGUUGUUCACGAAUGAGGUAAAAUGUUAGGACCGACCAAAUGGAGACUUCUAACGAUCGUUGCCGGUAUACUGCUAGCCCACGCGAUCGAAUCACCGACCAGUAAGGGCAACAAGCUCAAUGCCCAGGUACGCUCGUUCACCAAUCCCGAGCUGGGGCUGCGCAUCGAACAGAUCAGCCCGUGGAGCACGGGCCGGAACAUCCCGGCGCGGAACCUGCUCGUACCGCACCAGCUGUUCUCGCGCGUUGACAACAUCCGCUACAUCGACAGCCGGACACCGAACAGUCGCCAUCUGCAGAGCACGUUCGGUGCGUUCCGGAUAGCGGACCAGCAGCAAACACCGAGCUCGGAUGGGCUUCAGCGCCGCCGGUCGAAGGCGUUCCAGAUGCGCCGAUCGGAUGAGGCGGGCGUGGACGCUGGGCUACCGCUGGAGCAGCAGCCGGGUGCAUCGGUACUGCCGUCGCCGGAACAGGAACCGAUCUAUCAGAAUGUAUCCCGCAGCCAGCGCCAGCAUCGGUACAAGAUCAUCCCGAUCAGCUACUUCUACCGCGAGGAGGCGCAACCAGUGCUGCCAGCGAACCUGAAACCGGUCGGUCCGAGUCGUCCGCCGAAAGAGACUGAAAACGACGAACCGGAAGUUCCGGACACCAGCUCCAAGCAGGCCCAGGAGCAAGAGCACGCCCAGGGCGGUGAUGAGUAUGCACGAUCGGACACACCCGUCAUUGGAGCGCGCCGGUCGGGCAUCCAGUUCCCAGGACCGCUGAAGGCAGCGAACGGAUUCACCCCGCAAGGCUACAGCGAGGAAAGCUUAACGCUCGGUGACAACUUGGGCAUCUUCCAGCAGCCCGUGAGCACGGCGGACGACUACGGAGCGGUGGAUGGCGAAGCGGGACACGACGGCCGCGGCACGGAAGAGUUCUCGCGCAGUCUGUACGCGAAUCGGUACUUCCGGGACUUUAGCCGACCGCCGAUCGAUCUGCGUCCGGCCGAGUCGCUGCCCCGUCCGAGCCGGCUGAUCGAGUUCCCGGGCAGCGUGAACGUGAAGCAACCGUUCCGCGACGACGUGACCAAGUUUGGCGACGUGGCCGGACCGGUGACGGCCGUGCAGCGACCGUUCGGUGAGUUUGGCGGUGACGGCCAGAAGAACUUCCGCGCGUUCGAUCCCACCUACUACACGGACAGCCCGUACCAGCCGAACCGGCCGGCGUACUUCCCCGCCAAGCUGUACACCGAGCCGAACCAGAAGAUCUACCAGCCGCUGUGGAAGACCCGGUCGCCGCGUGUCGUCUUCCCGCAGGCGCAGGACCUUGCAUCCGGGCCGUCCGGGUUCGGCGUGGACAAUGUUGUCUUUCGGGAUCAAAACUUUGGGCUGAACGAGCUGGCCGCCAUCCAGGACGUGCGGAACGAGUUCAACCAGGACGACAUCAACGAUGAGCCGGCGACGACCAGCAAAGAUCGUGUCGGUGGUGACGGUGGUAACAAUCGCGGUGUGAGAACCGAGCUACAAUGCCAGCACGAGGGCGGUACGUGCGAGUUCUUCCUGCUCUGCUGGAUGUCGGGCGGUUUGCUGCAGGGUACGUGCGGCGGUAUGCUGAAGGGCUGCUGCCAUCGGACGGCCAAAUCGGCCAACAUCGGUAUCGACGCGAGCACGGCGGUGGAUUUGACGAACGUGCCCGCGCUAGAGUACGGUCCAGUGCAGAACGAUCCCAGUUGCGGAAUAUCGUUGGCAAAGCAGACGGCCCAGCGGCGGAUCGUCGGUGGUGAUGAUGCUGGAUUCGGCUCCUUCCCCUGGCAGGCGUACAUCCGGAUAGGUUCCUCAAGGUCUAUGCUUUCCAGAUGCGGGGGUUCGCUGAUUUCGCGCCGGCACGUGGUGACCGCGGGCCACUGCGUUGCGCGCGCGACCCCGCGGCAGGUGCACGUGACCCUCGGCGACUACGUGAUCAACUCGGCGGUCGAGCCGCUGCCCGCCUACACCUUCGGCGUGCGGACGAUCAACGUGCAUCCGUACUUCAAAUUCACACCGCAGGCCGAUCGGUUCGAUGUGGCCGUGCUGACGCUGGAGCGGACGGUGCACUUUAUGCCCCAUAUCGCCCCCAUCUGUUUGCCGGAGAAGAAUGAAGAUUUCCUCGGAAAGUUCGGCUGGGCGGCCGGCUGGGGAGCGCUCAAUCCUGGUUCGCGGCUGAGACCCAAAACGCUGCAGGCGGUCGACGUCCCGGUGCUAGAUAAUCGGGUGUGCGAACGAUGGCAUCGCUCGAACGGCAUCAACGUGGUCAUCUAUCCGGAGAUGCUGUGCGCUGGAUACCGGGGCGGUGGCAAGGACUCCUGCCAGGGCGACUCCGGUGGACCGUUGAUGCACGAGAAGACUGGCCGAUGGUAUUUGAUCGGUAUCGUGUCCGCAGGCUACUCAUGUGCCACCAGAGGCCAGCCCGGUAUCUACCAUCGGGUGGCCAACACGGUCGACUGGAUAUCGCACAUUACACAAAUUUCCACCUAAGCCGUGUCCCGUGCGCCGGGAUCCAGACUGGCCCCACUCCCCUCCCGUUACCCCCGGAAACGCCGAAGCAAACGAAGCAAACGUAAAAUGGGUUUCUGCUGCAUCUAAGUCACACGACAAACCGUUCAUUUCACAAAACUCGUGGAGCAGCAGCAGUAGCAG